AUGUCAACUCAACUUUCGGAGUUCCAAGAGUGUCUCCGAUCGUCCAAAAGGAUUGUGGCUUUGGUAGGCGCUGGCCUUUCUGCGUCUCUGGGCCUCGCCACGUUUCGUGGCUCCCAGGGCCUAUGGAAAAACUUCAACAUGAUUGACUUGGCUACACCAGAUGCCUUUUACAUUGACCCUGGGUUAGUGUGGCAGUUCUAUCUGUGGCGAAGAUAUGAGGCACUCAAAGCGCAGCCCAACGCAGGCCAUUUGGCUCUUGCCCGGCUUUCUCGUCUUCGCAGCAAGAAAUUCAUCACCAUCACCCAAAAUGUGGAUGGGCUUCUGGCCCGUGGCGGCCACGAUCCGAAAACCUUGUAUGAAAUACAUGGCUCGCUCUUUGAACUUCGAUGUACGAGCUUUACAUGUACACAUGUGGAAAGGGGUAACACUGACGUUCCCCUCACCCCGGCUUUAACAAUAGAUGUGGAUACGGAAGUUGGCCCUUCUGUCACCACUGCAACCACAUCUUCUGCAUCUGUUUCUUCCAAUUCUACUGCGACGACUACUGCAACUUCAUCCUCUCCAUUUUUCAGCCCCACGAAAGAACUAAAUGUCGAUGAUUUGCCCAAAUGCCCAGUUUGUCAGUCGCUUAUGCGGCCAGGCGUAGUUUGGUUCGGUGAAUCACUACCCUUGCGAGUGCUAGAUCGCAUCGAUACUUUCUUAGAGGCUGGUCCUGUAGACUUGAUCUUGGUCAUUGGAACGUCAGGCACAGUGUAUCCAGCAAAUAGCUACGUGGACAUUGUGCGGCAGCGUGGGGGCAGCGUAGCAAUAUUCAACACUGACAUUGAUCAGGAUGUUUUGGAGGGUAAAGUAGCCAAAACCUGGGGCUUCAAGGGCGAUGCAGCUGAGUUACUUCUAAUCGCUCUUUCUCCGCUCUUUGAAGACUCCGAAGAAGCCAACAGUUAA